ACGAGAACAAAGCCAGACUAGCCAGUGAGAGAAAGAGAGAGAGCAGUGCCUGGAACUCUCGCCGGCCGGAGAUCUGAGAAAAUCGCCAAAAAGGUCUCAGUUGAAAUGGGUUUGGGCUUCGUGAUAGGCGUCUUUGGAGGCCUAAUUCUCGCCCAUGCCGCUUAUUCAACCAUCCAAUAUAGAGGUCUGUUGAAGAUUGUGGAGGAAGAGUUUUCAGGACCUCCAAUGAAUGUGGUGGUUGAGUUGCUUCUGGGGUUAGUCUUCUGUAUGUGGGCGGCGCUGACCGUGCCGGGGAAGUUUCUUUCCAUACUUCCCCAUUCCGAAGAGAAUAGGAUGGUGUCUUUACCAGCCAAUUUAGACUUCAUGAUUUUCAACCAUCGAGGCAAAGUAUUUCCUUUGGAGAUGGAUUUGAAGCUCAAACAUUGAGUUCAUUUCUAUCAAGUUAAAAGGAUGUCCUUUCUUGUAGAGAGAAAAACAGUGGCCUUAGUCGUUUCAGAUGAUGUCCUUGUAUCAACUCAUUUCUUUCGCAACUUACUACAAAAAUACUUCUCUAUCUGCUAAUUUAAACUCGAAUUCUUUUUUUAA